AUGAGUGCCUUCGAUAAGGUUUACAAUAGGGUCACCGACUACCUACGUAUCCCUCGCAAUACUAAGAAAGACCAGCAAGGGACCUGUGUCACAGUCCUAGGUAUCCAGAUAGACGCUAUCGCAAUGGAAGCUCGUCUGCCACCAGAAAAGUUGUGCCGCGCCACAUUGGAUGCCGCAGCUGCCCUGAACGCGGCGAGUCUCUCCCUCAAGCAAAUAGAGCGCCUCACAGGCUUACUAGCCUUCUGUUCAAGAGUUGUUCGGCUAGGAAGAACAAGGCUACAGUCCCUAUACACCUUCCAAGCCGCUUUCCCACAUGGGAGUAGCGCGCGCCGCCGUAUCCCUUACGAGGUACGUGACGAUUUGGAAUGGUGGAGGGACUCCUUGUCUCUAUUCAACGGCGUACUCCUACUUGACCCCUGCCUCCGCACUAUCACACAUUUAUAUACAGAUGCCUCUAGUAUCGGUCAGGGACUCUUCUUCUUCUCAUCCAAGUCCACAUCAGACUGCUGGCGGGCCAAUUGUCACCAGCUUCACCCACACAAUGCUGCCUCACUGGCCCUUGUUCAAGUCGCUCACGCGCAUCAUCCCCGCAAUGCUGCCUCGAUGGCUGUUGCUCAAGACGCACACGCGCACCAUUCCCGCAAUGCUGCCCCAUUGGCCGUUGCUCAAGACGCACACGCGCACCAUCCCCGCAAUGCCGCCUCGAUGGCCGUUGCUCAAGACGCACACGCGCAUCAUUCCCGCAAUGCCGCCUCGAUGGCCGUUGCUCAAGCCGCACACGCGCACAUCAAUACUAACGAAGUAGACGCCAUCCUACAAGGCUUCCUACUCUUCAUCCACCAUUGGAUUCAUCAUACUCUCGUUAUCCACACGGAUAGCUCCACAGCGCACGCGGGACUAAGAAAGGGCUUCCUUCAUGGUCCACCUAACGCACCCCUCAAGAGCCUGCUUAUACUAGCGGCGGCGAGAGACAUCCAAAUCGUGCCACAUUGGCUCCCUUCCGGGGAAAAUACAUUAGCUGAUGCGCUCUCCCGCAAUAACUUUCAAGAGGUUGCUAACAUUUGUCCCCACUGGCAGGACCUCUCGGUAUUGAACCGCCCGCGUGGUUCUCUUCACGAGCUCCUCAGCUCAAUGCAGGCCACCUAA